AUGCCCGGGGCCAGGGACGCGCUCUGUCACCAGGCGCUGCAGCUGCUGGCCGAGCUCUGUGCCCGUGGGGCCCUGGAGCACGACAGCUGCCAGGAUUUCAUCUACCACCUGCGGGACCGCGCCAGACCCCGGCUCCGCGACCCAGAUAUCUCCGUGAGCCUGCUGACCCUCAUGGUCACUGCCUGUGGCCUCGCGCUUUUUGGCGUGUCUCUCUUCGUGUCUUGGAAACUCUGCUGGGUUCCAUGGCGAGAACGAGGCCUGCUGUCUGGUAGCAAAGACAACAAUCGGGAACCUCUUAACUACACGGACACAGAGACCAAUGAGCAGGAGAACAGUGAGGGCUUCCUAGACCCUCCCACCCCCUGCCCUGACUCCUCCAUGAAGAUCAGCCACACCUCCCCUGACAUUCCCCUCUCGACCCAGGCCGGGGGCCAGGAGAACUGUGCCCAUGGCGUCCGUGUGCAGCGCCAAGUCACAGCGCCAAGCUCGUCGGCCCGGCAUAAUUCAAUCCGAAGACAACUCAACCUGUCAAACCCGGACUUCAAUAUCCAGCAGCUUCAAAAACAGGAACAGUUGACUGGAAUUGGUCGAAUUAAACCAGAGUUAUAUAAGCAGCGGUCACUGGAUACUGAUGAUGGGACAAGGGGUAAUAGCAAAGCCUGUGGGAAACUGAAUUUCAUUUUAAAGUAUGACUGUGACUUAGAGCAGCUCAUAGUGAAGAUUCACAAAGCUGUCAAUUUGCCUGCCAAGGACUUUUCUGGGACUUCAGAUCCUUAUGUCAAGAUCUAUUUGCUUCCUGAUCGGAAAACCAAACACCAGACUAAAGUUCACAGAAAGACCCUGAACCCUGUGUUUGAUGAAGUGUUUUUGUUUCCAGUACCCUACAAUGACCUUGCAGCCCGGAAGCUUCACUUCUCUGUGUAUGACUUUGACAGGUUCUCUCGCCAUGACCUAAUUGGCCAAGUGGUGGUGGAUCACUUCUUAGACUUGGCUGAUUUCCCCAGGGAGUGCAUCCUUUGGAAGGAUAUCGAAUAUGUCACCAACGACAAUGUGGAUCUUGGAGAGUUGAUGUUUUCCCUCUGCUAUCUUCCAACUGCUGGCAGGCUGACCAUUACCAUUAUAAAAGCAAGGAAUUUAAAGGCAAUGGACAUAACAGGAGCAUCAGAUCCCUAUGUAAAAGUGUCGCUGAUGUGUGAUGGCAGACGACUGAAGAAGAGGAAAACAUCCACCAAGAGGAACACUCUGAACCCUGUUUACAACGAAGCCAUAGUCUUUGAUGUCCCUCCCGAGAACAUUGACCAAAUCCACUUGUCCAUAGCUGUCAUGGACUACGACCGUGUAGGUCAUAAUGAGAUCAUCGGCGUGUGUCAAGUAGGCAACGAAGCUGAGAGGCUGGGCAGAGACCACUGGAGUGAAAUGCUGUCAUAUCCUCGGAAGCCCAUCGCACACUGGCAUUCCCUGGUGGAGACGCUACUGUCACUGCCCGUGCUGAGGAUCUCUGCUCAUGGAACUUGCGACCUGUCCUCACAGUACAAGCCAGGCACGAUUGCUGCUUGGGAGUUUGGCCCCUUCAAGGCUGACCAGACCCGAAUUGGGCUCUUGCCAGCCCUACAGAUCUCUGAGGUCUGA